UGUGUGACUAAAAUAAACGUAUCAAAAUGGCAGCUAAGUUCGUCGUUGUCGCUAUGUUGGUGGCGUGCGCGCACGCUGGCGGGGACUACACCAGCUUCUCGUAUGGCGUGUCUGACCCCCACACCGGCGACGUCAAGAGCCAGCACGAGACCCGCGUCGGAGACUCCGUAGUGGGCCAGUACUCGCUCCUCGACUCCGACGGCACGAAGCGCACCGUCGACUACGCCGCUGAUGCUCACUCCGGCUUCAACGCCGUCGUGCGCAAGGACCCCGCCCUCGUGCACGCCCCCGUCCUCGCCCACGCCGCUCCCGUGGUCGCUCAUGCCGCUCCCCUGGCCCACGCUGCUCCCCUCGCCUACGCCGCGCACGCCGCUCCUCUGAGUUACGCCGCGCACGCCGCUCCCCUGGCCUAUGGUCAUGGAGUUUCGCUGGCCCACGCCGCUCCUUUGGCCUAUGCCCAUGGAGCUUCCGUCGCCGCUCCUCUGGCCUACGCCGCCCACGCCUCUCCCCUUGCCUACGGUGCCGGUCUCACACAUGGAGCAGUGGCCUAUGGAGCACAUGGUCUUGCCCUCGGCGCUCAUGGAUGGUAAUUAGUUAUAAGAUAUAAAGUUAUUGACAUUCGUGAGGAACGACGAAGUAGCUG